UGGGCAGGUCAUGCAUCGGUUGCUGACAGGUGGGGACAUUUCCUGACACAUUCGCAACCUUAAAAAGUGUCCCAAGACACGAAGAAGGCCAGGCCCCAUUCUGCACACCACGCCGGGGWCGGAAGACCAAGGCCGCUGGGGCAGCCCUGCCCGUCGUCUCCUGGUCGCCCUCUUGGCCUCCUGGUCUCCACCUCACCAUGUCCCUGGCUGAGGCCAUCAGCCUGUGGAAUGAAGGGGUGCUGGCAGCAGACAAGAAGGACUGGAAGAGAGCCCUGGACGCCUUCAGUGCCGUCCAGGACCCUCACUCCAGGAUCUGCUUCAACAUCGGUUGCAUGCACACCAUCCUGGGAAACAUGCCCGAAGCCGAGAAGGCCUUUACCAAAAGCAUCAACCGGGACAAGCAUUUGGCAGUGGCCUACUUCCAACGCGGGAUGCUCUACUACAAGACAGAGAAAUACGACUUAGCUAUUAAAGAUCUUAAGGAGGCCUUGACUCAGCUUCGAGGGAACCAGCUGAUAGACUACAAGAUCCUGGGGCUGCAGUUCAAGCUGUUUGCCUGUGAGGUGUUGUACAACAUCGCUUUCCUCUAUGCCAAGAAGGAGGAAUGGAAGAAGGCCGAAGAGCAACUCGCACUGGCCACCAACAUGAAGUCUGAGCCCAGGCACUCCAAGAUCGACAAGGCCAUGGAAAGCGUCUGGAAACAGAAGCUGUAUGAGCCUGUGGUGAUCCCCGUGGGAAGAUUGUUUCGUCCAAACGAGAGACAAGUGGCUCAGCUGGCCAAGAAGGAUUACCUGGGCAAGGCCACGGUUGUGGCGUCUGUGGUGGACCAAGACAGCUUCUCCGGGUUUGCCCCUCUGCAACCACAGGCAGCUGAGCCUCCACCCAGACCCAAAACCCCAGAGAUCUUCAGGGCUCUGGAAGGGGAAGCUCACCGGGUGCUGUUUGGGUUCGUGCCUGAGACACCAGAGGAGCUCCAGGUCAUGCCAGGGAACAUCGUCUUCGUCUUGAAGAAGGGCAAUGAUAACUGGGCCACGGUCAUGUUCAAUGGGCAGAAGGGGCUUGUUCCCUGCAACUACCUGGAGCCUGUCGAGCUUCGAAUCCACCCUCAGCAGCAGCCCCAGGAGGAAACUUCCCUGGAGUCUGAAAUCCCACCUCCUCCUAGUUCCAGUGCCCCAGGAAGACCCCAGUUGUCUCCAGGUCAGAAACAAAAAGAAGAGCUCAAGGAAGUGAAGCUCAGCGUCCCCAUGCCCUACACACUCAAGGUGCACUACAAGUACACAGUGGUCAUAGAGACACAGCCUGGGCUCCCGUACAGCCAGGUCCAGGACGUGGUGUCUCAGAAACUGGACUUGCUGCCAGAACACACUAAGCUGAGCUAUAGGCCCCGGGACAGCAAUGAGCUGGUGCACCUUACGGAAGAAAACAUGAAGGAUGCCUGGAGCCACGUGAAAAACUACUGCCUGACUCUUUGGUGUGAGAACACAGUGGGUGACCAAGGCUUUCUAGACAAAUCCAAGGAACAUGAAAAAUGUGAUUCUAAUCAGAAAAUGGAACCUCAGUUUAAGGAAGGCAGCCAAGUGGUAGCACUCUUCAGCUACGAGGCUACCCAACCRGAGGACCUGGAAUUCCAGGAAGGGGACGUAAUCCUGGUUCUAUCAACAGUGAAUGAAGAAUGGUUGGAAGGGGAGUGUAAAGAGAAAGUUGGCAUUUUCCCUAAAGCCUUUGUUGAAGAGUGUGCAACUACAGAUUUGGAGAACACUCCUAGAGGAGUCUAGGAUAUUUCACAAUCUACCAAGAAGAAAAAAGUCUAUUAUUUGUUUGCAAGAUUUACCACACCUCUGACGUACACUAUACUACAACAUUACAGUUUGUAAGUGUUCAUUAACCUAAAUUUUCCCUGUUAAAGUUGAACUAUUAGACAAUGAUAUGAGAUCUUCUCAGGAUGAAGAUUUCCUGGUACAUGGAGUGGGGGAGUGAAUGUCUGAAGAUUUCCUGGUACAUGAAAGGGGGUCCUCAAGGAUGUGACAAUAUGGUUUUUGUUUAGUGCUAGCUAUCCAGAUGGGUUCACUUUGUGAAAAUUGAGUUGCAUGUGUAAUUGGUGCACUUUAUAUGCAUGAUACCUCAAUAAAAAUCUUAUCUCACAAAAAUAAAGCAAGACAUCCAGAGUCCAGGCUCAAGAGCUCAGUGGAAACAUUCUUCUUCUUGUAUCAUUAAUAUCACAUACUGAGGCCUGAAAGCAAUUUCACAAGUUAUUCAGAAGGCGUAUACAGACAAAACUAACUUGUUCUUUUCUUACUAAAAGUUUCAUUCCCACAGAAUAUAACAUUCAAUUCCCCAAAGAACUAAAAUACUAGAAUUACAUCCCUUUAUGCCUUCUCAGAGGGACAUUUUUAUAAAGAGUUCAAUAUUGAAUAUUUGCCGCUAAUACUUGAGUUGGUUAAUAGUAKUCUAUGACUUUACACAUUAUAGUAUUAUCUUAAUAAGAGAGAUACAUAAUGUCAGUUUUAUUUGGUCAUCAUUUGGGGUUGACUCAGGUGAAGGAUUCAAUAAAUACUAGACCUUAGGACCUGACCUUAAUUUUCCUCCGCCCCUUUUUCAUGUAGCUAUGUACGGCUUUGCUAACACAUUUUCAAGUGUGUAGGUGCUUGUGAAAUGCAGAGUUAGGAAAUGAACUACSAGUGAAUCAGCACCAAGGUGAAAGGACAAUCAGUGUGAGCAAUGGCUUCCAGCACACCGCUGAAGGCCCAGCAAACCACCAAUUGGAAUUCUGAACACAACUGGAAGAGAAGCCACCACAAGGCCAAGAAUAGUAAUUACUGUUGAUGGUAACCAGAUUUAGUGAAUUUUAUA